GACCCUGAGGGGCUGAGGGGACCGGGAAGGGCUGAGGGGACCCCGAGGGGCUGAGGGGACCGAGCCGCCGCGGGAUGGUGGCCCCGCCGCGCUGAGGGGACGGGGCAGGGGGACACAGGAGGGCCUGAGGGGAGCGGGAAGGGCUGAAGGGGACCCGGAGGGAGCCAAGAGGCCGGGGUGAGGGCAGGGGGGGCGGUUCCCAGCCGUGUGAGGGGAAGCGAUGGCGGAGCCGCUGCUGCGAAGAACCUUCUCCCGCCUGAGGGGCCGCGACCGCCCCCGCGGGAAGAAGGCGGACGGCAAGGAAAGAGAACAUCCUCCGUCGAGCCCCGAUUCUCCGGUGGAGCCCGAAGCGACGCCAGCGGAACCGGUACCGGUGACACCCCGCAAACACCACCGGGGCCGUUUCUCCUGCGGGGGCCGCGAGGAGAGACCUCCCAAAUCCUCCCCGGAUCCCAGCGAACUGGCCCCCGCCGCCGGCGUUGACCCCCCCCAGGGGGAGGACGAUUUGGAACCGGCGGAGGAAGCCGAAGCCGUGAACGGUUCCGGGGAACUGGGGGGUGCCGGUAGGAGCCCCGGUACCGGUAGGAACCCUGGUCCCGGUGCCUAUUUGCAGAGUUUGGAGCGGAGCAGCCGGCACUGGGUGCUCUCGGGGGGACCUGGAUGGGAGGAACCAGGUGGUGGAACCCAAACGGCCCCCGGCGCUGCCGGCAGCGAAGGUGAAAUCUGGUACAACCCCAUCCCUGAAGAUGAGGACCCCCAAGUUCCAGGCAGCUCCAGGAAAACGGGGGGCGGAGGCAACGGUGACGGCGCUGGGGAGUCACCCCCAAAGAUGGGGAAGGACGAGCCCCCCCGGAGCGGUUUGGGGACACCGGAAGGUUCUGGACCCCGCGGUGGCACGGCCCCGGCGGCGUUGCCCACGGCUGGACGAGGAGAGGAGGCAGGAACUGGCAGGAGCCAGGCUUGUGGGAAGAUGCCCAUCCCCUGCGUCACCUCGGGGCUGGCUCCCAGCCCCCCCUCGCCCCCCGCCAGCCCCAAAAAGGGCCGUUCCCUCAGCAAAGUCAAGUCCCCGGGGACCGUCCGCCGCCUCUCCAUGAAGAUGAAGAAGCUGCCGGAGCUGCGGAGGAAGCUGAGCCUUCGCUCUCCUCGCCCUCGGGGGCAGGAGGGGGGCACCUCAUCCUCCGAGACCCCCCAGGAAUCCAGCAACGUCAUCAGCCGCUACCACCUGGACACCAGCGUGGCUUCUGGCCCGGGGCUACCACGAGCCAAAGGGGCUUCUAAAGGGGGCUACUUGAGCGACGGCGACUCCCCGGAGCUUCUGGCUAAAAACGGGGCUCGUGACCGAGGGGAGGAAGAGGAGGAAAACGGGUUGGACGUGGAGCUUUUUCGGCCCUAUAACUACGAGGAGGCGCCGACGCCGUCGGCCCCGGGGGGAGGGCAACACAUUUCGGGUUUGGUCACCGUCCACCUUCACGGCCUGGGGGACCUGAAGCCCCCCCGGGCUGAAAACCGGGAGGUUUUUUGCCUUUUACAGGUGGACGCGGCCAACCGGGCCCGGACGGCUUUAUUGCCCUUAAAAAAGACUUUUUUGGGUUUAAAUCACACCUUUAACCUGGAGCUGGAAAGCGCCCGGCACCUCAAGGUGCUGGUUUUCUCCUGGGAUCCCACCUCUUGCCGUAACCGUCUCUGCUGCCACGGCACCGUGGUUCUGCCCCAUAUUUUCCGAGGUUGUCGGGCCCAGCGGCUGGCGGUGCGGUUGACGCCGCGCGGCGUCCUCUACUCCAAGCUGACGUUGGUGGAGCGUUGGGAGGACCCCAGUCAACGGGAACCCCGCGUUUUCGGGGUGGAACUGGGCAAACUGGUGGAGAGGGAGAAGGCGCCCACCAAGGUCCCCCUCAUCAUCCAGAAAUGCCUGGCUGAGAUCGAGAAACGAGGGCUGAAGGUGGUGGGCUUGUACCAGCUGUGUGGGGUAGCCAGCUCCAAAAAGUGGGUAGCCAGCACCAGAAAGGGGGUUCUCAGCACCAAAAUGGGGGGGCCCAGCACCAAAAAGGGGGUACUCAGCACCAAAGGUGGGGGUGUUGGUGGAUGAACCCCCCCAGAAGGUGGUGAUGGUGGCCCUGGUUGCCAGGUGGUGGGCUUGUACCAGCUGUGUGGGGUAGCCAGCUCCGAAAAGGGGGUAGCCAGCACCAGAAAUGGGGUUCCCAGCACCAAAAUGCGGGGGUCCAGCACCAAAAUGG